AUGGUGCGAGAUAAGUUUAACGACGGCGGCGCGAUUUCGGCAUGGGACACGUUUAGAACGAGCAUGGAUAGCUCUGAAGCCGAUGAACAGGUGGAUGACAUGCUUGAAAGCGCGGCGGAAGUAGAAGAAAAGAAUAGACGCGUGCGAGACGGUUAUGUGGAAGAUGCGUUCGGGGUGAACAACGCGAUUGAUCCUUUUAAACUCGUCACGGGUGAGUACGUGGUGCAUCGAAAGUACGGCAUAGGUCAGUUUCUCGGCAUGAAGGUAUUAGCCGUGGAGUCAGCCAAUGAAGGUACGCAAAACAAACCGUUCUUGUUCCUGAAGUAUCAGGAUGCGACGGCGAAGAUUAGUCCAGAGGCGUCGAGGCGAUUGCUCUACCGCUUUUGUUCUCCUGGAGGAUUGGUGAAACCACCAAAGCUCAACAAGCUCAACGACAAAUCGACUUGGGAUUUGAGGGAAAGGAAGACCGAGGCAACGAUUCGUCGUCUAGUGGUGAACCAAAUGGUGGUGUAUCUCCAAAGGUUGCAAUGUGUGCGAGAGCCGUACCCGUUGCCUGACCCCGAGAGGGCGAAGCAGUUUGACGCGUCGUUCCCGUUUACGCUCACGCCAGAUCAAACGAGCGCGAUUCAAGAAAUCACCGAAGAUUUGCAGCAAGACGCUCCGAUGGAUCGAUUAGUUAUUGGUGACGUCGGUUUUGGGAAGACGGAAGUCGCCAUGCGCGCGAUGUUUCAUGUGGCAAGCAGCGGAGGGGGCGUAUUCAUGAUGGCGCCGACCACCGUCUUAGCGAAGCAGCACGCGGCAAACCUCGCCGUUCGAUUUCGCCCGUUGGGUAUAAACGUUGAAUUAGUCACUAGGCACAUCCAAGCCGCAAAGCAAAACACAAUCUUCGAUGAUUUUAGGGACGGUAAAGUGCAAAUCAUCGUCGGUACGCAUAAGCUGGUGAACUUGGAGCAAGAGUAUUACAAGCAGCUCAGAUUACUCGUUAUAGACGAAGAACAAAGAUUCGGUGUCAAGCACAAGGACCAGAUAAGUGCGUUGAAAGCUGAAGUCGAUGUUCUCACGUUGUCGGCGACGCCAAUCCCGCGCACGCUGCACAUGGCCAUGUCGGGAUUCCGCGACGCGUCGCUGGUGCAGACGCCGCCACCGGAGCGCCGUCCAAUUAACACGGUGCUCGCGCCGCAGAACGACGACGACAUCAGAAAGGCGAUCGAGUACGAAAUCUCGCGGAAUGGGCAGAUAUAUUACAUCGUACCGCGGAUCAAUAUGAUGCGCGACGCAUGCGAUCGACUGUUGCGCCUUUUCCCGAAUUUACAAAUCAUGACGGCGCACGGACAAAUGGACGGCGAAGCCAUCGACGACGCCAUGGAGUCAUUUUCAAACGGUUCGGCGGACGUACUGAUCGCGACGACGAUCGUCGAGUCUGGUUUGGACAUUCCCAACUGUAACACGAUCAUCAUCGAAAAUGUGCAGUUUUUUGGGCUCGCUUCGUUGUAUCAGCUUCGCGGUCGCGUUGGUCGGGCCGGUCGCCAGGCGUACGCUUACAUGUUCUACUCCGCAGACGAGAGUGAGCUGACGACGGGCGCGCAGGAGCGCUUGGCCGCGCUGGAGGAAUGCUGCGGAUUGGGCGAAGGGUUCCGUCUGUCAGAGCGAGAUAUGGGCAUUCGAGGUGUCGGCACGAUGUUUGGCGAAAAGCAAAGCGGAGACGUCGAUAGUGUCGGAGCCGAUUUAUACCUGGAGCUUCUCUACAAACAGCUGCAACGCAUCGAUAAUCUAAGAAUCAAGACGAUUGAUGCCGAUGACGUUCGAGUCGGUGCCGCUGGUUAUGAAUUCGGGAUCACGCCGUUCUACAUCGCCACCACGGAGGCGAGCGACGAAGUCAAGGCGACGAUUGACUCAAUCACCGCGCACGAACAAGUGCACGACGUCCUCGCGCUGAUGCGUGAUACGUUUGGUGAACCUGACGAAUUCAGCCUGUCAUGCGUCUUUGCCAGGGAAAUGCGCAUACUGGCUGGUGAUCUCGGCAUUCAAGGAAUUUUGCUCGACAGUCCCACCGCUCCCAUCAUCGAUUUGAUCACGGAUGCGUCGAUCAUGGUGAAAGAACUUCUCGUCGAAGGUAUUAGCGAUGCGUACGACGUGGAAAUCAUCGACACAGGUAUCCGGCUCAAGACAAUGACUGAUAUGACGAUGCACGGCAAGGUGAUGUACACGGUUAAAAUCUUGCGCCAAAUCACUGGCUCCAUCCCAUCCUUCGUGAAGUACUUGUAG